CCAUCCUGAGAGUUCCUCCAUUCAGAUUGUUAGUUAGACACACUGCUUAAAUAUCUUUACUAUGGUAAGGGCCUCCACACUGAGCAUUUUGUUGUGUGCAGCCAAAAGUAUUCCAGAGAUAGGAGUGUGUGUGAGCCUGUGUGUAGGUGUGUUUAAAAAGAAAUUUCUAGAAGUGGUUUAUGACAAUCGGAACCAUUAAGAAGAGAAGUGAUUCUGAGCAAGUAGACAGAUAAUKGAGAAAUGAAAUUCUUGAGAAGAUGAGGRGUAAGGGAAUCCAGGGGAAAAGAAGAAAUGCUGUGAAUCACAAGUAGUACCCUAAGGCCUACUUUCCUAAGGAUUGAAAUCAAGGCACGGAAAUGAAGAAUCCAGGACUGGACAACAUGAUAAAGCUGAACAAUGCUGAAUGUGGGCAAGGACAUGGGGACAUGUGAGCCUUGGCUAAGAAAUGGCAUUUCAAAAGGCCGUGAAAGGGACUGUUCUUGUUGGAGGGGGUGCACUUGCUACCAUCUUAGGACUUUCUCACUUCAGUCAUUACAGAAGGAAACAAGUGAACCUGGCCUAUGUGGAAGCGGCAGAGUACUUUUCAGAACCUGUUAACAGGGAACCUCCUUCCAGGGAAGCUCAAAUACUAACUUUGAAGAACACACCUGAAUUUGAUAUCCUUGUUAUCGGAGGAGGAGCAACAGGCAGUGGCUGUGCACUAGAUGCCGUCACCAGAGGACUAAAAACAGCCCUUGUAGAAAGAGAUGAUUUCUCAUCAGGGACCAGCAGCAGAAGCACUAAAUUGAUCCAUGGUGGGGUGAGAUAUCUUCAGAAGGCCAUCAUGAAGUUGGAUAUUGAGCAGUAUAGGAUGGUAAAAGAAGCCCUUCAUGAGCGUGCCAACCUACUAGAAAUUGCUCCCCAUUUAUCAUCUCCAUUACCUAUAAUGCUUCCAAUUUACAAAUGGUGGCAGUUACCUUACUACUGGGUAGGAAUCAAGCUGUACGAUCUGGUUGCUGGAAGUAAUUGCCUGAAGAGCAGUUAUGUCCUCAGCAAAUCAAGAGCCCUUGAGCAUUUCCCCAUGCUUCAGAAGGACAAACUGGUAGGAGCGAUUGUCUACUAUGAUGGACAACACAAUGAUGCACGGAUGAACCUUGCCAUUGCUCUCACUGCUGCCAGGUAUGGGGCUGCCACAGCCAAUUACAUGGAGGUAGUGAACUUGCUCAAGAAGACAGACCCCCAGACGGGCAAGGAGCACGUGAGCGGCGCACGGUGCAAGGAUGUCCUCACAGGGCAGGAAUUUGAUGUGAGAGCCAAAUGUGUUAUCAAUGCUACGGGACCUUUCACAGACUCUGUGCGCAAAAUGGAUGAUAAGAACGCUGCGGCUAUCUGCCAGCCAAGUGCUGGUGUCCAUAUUGUGAUGCCUGGUUACUACAGCCCAGAGAGCAUGGGACUUCUUGACCCAGCCACCAGUGAUGGGCGAGUUAUUUUCUUCUUACCCUGGCAAAAGAUGACUAUUGCUGGCACUACUGAUACGCCAACUGAUAUCACACAGCACCCUAUACCUUCAGAAGAAGAUAUCAACUUCAUUUUGAAUGAAGUGCGUAACUACCUGAGUUGUGAUGUUGAAGUGAGAAGAGGGGAUGUCCUGGCAGCAUGGAGCGGUAUCCGCCCCCUGGUGACAGAUCCCAAGUCCGAAGACACCCAGUCCAUCUCCCGCAAUCACGUUGUGGACAUCAGUGAGAGUGGCCUUAUCACCAUAGCAGGUGGAAAGUGGACAACGUAUCGAUCCAUGGCAGAAGAUACUGUGAAUGCUGCUAUCAAGAUCCACAAUUUGAAAGCAGGACCAAGUAGAACAGUUGGACUUUUCCUUCAAGGAGGGAAAGAUUGGAGCCCCACACUCUACAUUAGGCUUGUCCAGGAUUAUGGACUUGAAAGUGAGGUGGCACAGCAUCUUGCUGCCACCUACGGUGACAAGGCUUUUGAGGUGGCCAAAAUGGCAAGUGUGACUGGAAAAAGGUGGCCUAUUGUUGGAGUGCGACUUGUAUCAGAAUUUCCAUAUAUUGAAGCAGAGGUAAAAUAUGGGAUUAAGGAGUAUGCCUGCACGGCGGUGGAUAUGAUUUCACGGCGCACUCGCCUGGCCUUUCUCAAUGUCCAGGCCGCAGAGGAAGCCCUACCCAGGAUUGUUGAACUGAUGGGUCGAGAACUGAACUGGGAUGACCAUAAGAAAAAGGAAGAACUUGAAACAGCCAAGAAGUUCCUAUAUUAUGAAAUGGGCUAUAAAUCCCGAUCUGAACAGUUAACAGAUCGCUCUGAAAUUAGCCUAUUGCCUUCAGACAUUGACAGGUACAAGAAGAGAUUUCAUAAGUUUGAUGCAGACCAAAAAGGCUUUAUUACCACUGUUGAUGUUCAGCGUGUAUUAGAGAGUAUCAAUGUGCAAAUGGAUGAAAAUACACUACAUGAGAUUCUGAAUGAAGUAGAUUUAAACAAAAACGGACAGGUUGAACUCAAUGAAUUUUUACAGCUUAUGAGUGCUAUUCAGAAAGGAAGGGUGUCAGGAAGCCGCCUUGCUAUACUAAUGAAAACGGCAGAAGAGAACCUGGACCGAAGAGUUCCGAUUCCGGUGGACCGUAGCUGUGGAGGAUUCAGUUCUAGAGGUAGAAAUGGAAAAGAGAAGCUGGAAAAAAUUUGUGACACACACAAAGCUGUGGACUUUAAGCUUGUGGAUAGCAUUUUUGUUCUUAAAGAGAGUGACCUGUUCAAAUGAUGGUAUUUAUGGAGACUUCUCAACUCCUCCUCCUCCAGUCCGACUACCUUUCUCUUCCAAACAAUGCUAUACAAUAUUAUAUCUCAAGCACGAUUGGCAAAACUGGAGAGGGAAAAAAAAGUUUAGAUCUGGUUAAGAGAAACUAUGAAAGGUGCUGGAAUUGCAGGUGUAAGAUAAGGAUAGCAUUGACAUUUGCUGGGAGUUAUAGUGAUAGUUUCAUCUCAGCCGUUCAUUUUUUCUACCUAGUCACUGCUGGUUUUCUCUGACUAUUAUGGGUGCCAGGAAGAUCCUUGUUUUUUGUUUUGUUUUGUUUUGUUUUAACUUUAAAACCAGCAUGUAAGUGGCAAAUUGUAUGUAAUGGUAUGGGACCAAAUCUCUCCAAUCUUUAUUGUAGUAAUACAUUUAAUGGUUAAAAAUGUUUCUUUAUAAACUCAUAUAGAACACUAGUUUCAAUACCCAAAUACUAAAUUUUGAAAUAGGGGAUAUUGUCAAACCUGGACUUUUUUUCUAAUGGGUAUCUGCAAUCCAUAGUAAGAGGAUAAAUAAUCAUUAGUUAAUUUAAUUAUAAUUAUAUGUAAAAAAAAGGCAAUAUACUUGAGUAUCCAAGGUCAAUCUUGUUUAAAACCCUUAUCCUUCUGCACUCAAUGAAAAAAUUAUCAGUUUACCAAAAAUGAUAAAAACAAAAUGAAAAACAUACCAAAUGCACACAUAGACACAGCAAAAACAAAAAUCAGUGUGCAAUGAAUAUAACAAAUAAUGCACUAAAUGAAAAAUGCCAGUUUGGAUGCUUUUGCUAUAGUUUUGUUGGCAUUUUUAACUAGUCAUCAGUAUUUAUUAAUUGAGCUUCCUCUUUUGAUUUUUGACGCUACCUACUUUUUUUUUUAAGAUCAGGUUUUGAGUGUAAUAGGAAAUGUGUUUCCUAUUAUUUUACCACAGGCUGUCAUUGCCUGGACUUGAGGUCCUAGUUUCUUGAACUGGUACAUAAAACACUUUUUGUGUUAUUAUUUCCAUUUAUGUCAACAUUAUAGAAUAUCUCUAUGCCUCAUUCAUGUGGGUUAUGAGCCUGUAUAUCAUAAUAUGAACUGGGAGGUUCACUCACCUGAGCCUCCACCCACACCCUCUGAAACGAACAGCAAUCGCAGGGAGAGACAGCAUCUUCACUCAUUUUAUUUUAACAUGAAGUUUAGAUCUUAACCACUUCCUAAAGGAAAACCUAAAACAGAGUGAGUGAUGCUCCCAGGUGUCACUGUGAAUUUUAUUUUCUUUCAAAGUGUGAAUUCUUUACACUGGAUUUUUUCUCUUUUAAUAAAUGGAAGCUUAUGGCUUUGCAACUGAAAUGUUUUUUUUAUCAACACAAUAAAUUUCACUGUUUAGAACCCAGUGUUACUAAAUAGGUAGAAAAGCUGUCCUUUAUCACUCCAGAUGAUAUAUCACAAUAUUGUACAUUUGUUCUUUCUCUCUUUCUCUCUCUUUUUCUAGUUAGAUCAAGAUAACGAUGACUUGUAUCCUCCCUGAUUCUGUUACAGUAGGGACAGGCUUAGAAUGACUGGCUCUGGCAGAUCUGUGUUUGUUAAACAGGCCUCGUUUGUGCACGCUUUGCUGUGAAUGAAGUUCCUUUAAGGACAAAGAAAAGUGUACUUUUCUUCACUUGAACAUAUCUGCUUUUGCUUAAAAUCUGCUAAUUCUAAAAAGCAUUCGCUCCUUCACCAAUCCCACAGACUCGUUUUGGAAAUGAACUGAUUUAAAGCCAUUACUGUGGAUAGAACACCCCAGCAUUUUUGUGUAAAUUUUUCAUUCAACCUGUAUAGUCAUUUUACCUGAUUUUUUAAAAAAGGAUAAAGAAAUAGGGGAUCAAACCCCUUUAAAACUUAUACCAAGCACAAAAUAAUUUUUUUCUUCUCGCCUAAACAUGAUACUAGUUGGUUCUGUUGGAGUGUUGGGCUGUGUAUGCAGGGAUUGCCUUUUAUGGUCAAGUGAUUUAUUUCAAGAGUCUUUCAGGGGGGAUUGAGGUGAAGGAACCCCCAUCUGUGCUGAAGAGUUGAAGUUCCUUUAAAUGGCCCCCACCUCUGUCAUCACAGUAGUAAUAAUGUUGGAUGAUUAGUUAAGCCAAGGUUGUCUCCCUCAGAUCCAUCCUGCUGCAGUUUUCUUGCUUUCAAUCAAUUUAUACUGACUGUAACUUUAGGAUUUCUACUAUUAAAUGCAUGCUUCCUAUUAUGCCUUAGUUUCUGGCAUUUUUUUGUUUGUUUAUUUGCUUCAAAAUAUGUAGCUUCCUGUUUUGUACAACAAUUUCAUUCUUUUACUAAAAAUACUGUAAGGAUCAUUGAUUUUAUUUUUCUUUUUAUGCAUUUGUAAAAAUUUUUGGCAUAUGAAUGUAAUCAUAUUGAAGUCAGCAAUGCUAUAACUUGCACUGUGUUGCAUUAUGUCUACUUUUUGUAGGAAAUAAAAAAGCCCUACUGUGUUUUCAAUGAAUAUCAAGUAUAAGCCCAGUAGUGGAGUGGAUAUACACACUGCAUGUUUGUGUAUGUGGCACUUUUAUGUAUUGUGUUGGGUUAUUGUUCUAGAUUGGACUGUUAAAUACUAUGUUUGAGGCUGGGUUGUCAUUUUUAUAACUGUCUUGGUGUUUUAUCACCAUUAUUUAUUACUUUUGAUAUACAGAAUGAGCUGCAUGCAUUUAUAGAGCAAUAAGAGGAUGUAUUUAAUGUGCCUUGUUUUUAACUGAAUAAGAACUGAAAGCAUGAAUCAAUAAAACUGAUUAAAAUGG